UUUCCUCGGAUUUAAUGGCAAUGUGUCGCAAAGCUUCAUUGGUUGACCUAAUUUACGUACUGUCCAAUCCCGUACUUUAUUUAUUCACAUGGGCACCUGCAAAAAUGGCGGACGACAUAAACAAACUCAUACAAAAAUACAAAAAAUUCAUAGCAAAUAAUCCGGACUCUACGACCCAAGUAGAAACAAUAUUUAGACUAGGGUCUUACGCAACUGCAGGACGAUUCAGUGAUUCACCAGUGCUGUCAGAACUAGUUUACUCUGCUUCAAAUCUUAUUGUCCUACUCAAUGAUGGAAUUCUGCGGAAGGCCAACAUGUUAUCCAUCAAUGUGCCAGUGUCCCAAGCACGCCUGCACACCUUGCUGACUGUUUUAGAAUAUGUCCAGGUCUUCAUUGAGAUGCUGGCAACACGCAUGUUUGGGGAGACAGGAAAGUGGAUUCUUGUAGCCUGCAUUGAAAUAACUAAGGCUGCAUUUCGUUUUAUCUUACUAUUGAAGUUCAAGUCUGGCAUCCAGUCCAUACCCCCUGUUCCCCCCCUAGACAGGGAGAAUGAAGUACCCAAACAAAACAUUAAGGUGAGAAAUAGAGAUAGGACAGAUCCUUCACAUCAUCCCAACUCUGACCAGAAAUCAAAAGAGCCUGUGACCGUCACCCUAGAAAGGUCGGGACGCGUCAUACGCACACUGGAAGCAGCCCCUCCUAUGGAAUUGAGAACAUGGACAUUACCAGCGGCAAAAAAAACCAAAAACACAACAGGGAUGGAAGAUUUGAUGCCAACUGUACUAAAUAAGCAGAGAUUUACAGGGGAAUGUUUGCAUAUAACAAGGCCUUUGGCACAUUUGUUAUCCAUGUACUUAUUUGGACAGAGCUCCUGGAAACCCUGGCUGGUGGCAGGAGCCAUGGAUGUGUCCAGUUUGUUGCUGAUGGGGGAUCCCAAGUCUUUGAACCCAGCAGAAAGAGCAGAGCUGCACAGAAGGACAGUGAUGCUACUGUAUUAUCUACUGAGAUCACCAUUUUAUGACAGCCAGACACAGGCCAAGAUAGUCAUUCUGUUGAAGAUUCUUGCAGACAAUGUGCCAGGAACAGGAAUUGUUUUACGGCCUUUGCUUCAGUAUUUACCUGUUUGGCAAAAGGUGUACUUCUAUGUUUGGGGCAGCUAGCCAGGAGAAAUUGAUAUUUAUCCCAUUCUUGUAUAAAAGUGAUUUCCAUAUCAGUUGGGCUGAAAGAAACAGAGAAUUCAAAUCUACACUAAAAUAUGAAAAAAAUGAAGCUGUUAAAAGUCAAUUAUGAAAAUGAACUGUUGAUCACUUGAUAUUUCAGAAAAUGUGCAGGUCAAAGUAAUGCCCCUGCACAAGAGUUUUAUAAAUCCAUAAGUGCAGUUCCAUUUUAUGAGGAUGAUUGCACAUCUCAAUCGACAAAUACUUUUAAUUGUAAGUAGAAAAGGCUAAAGACAACUCAUAAUUUGUAUCAUGUUAGAGAGGCAAGGGAGUGGAGACAGACAAAAGUAUCCCACGUACUUAGAAUAGAAGUUAUAUGCAGUAUUAUAGGUGGAGGAACUUUGAUAAGGUCAUUCCAUUUUCAUAAUGAAGGGUACAAUGCUUAUUCAAUGAUAAACUUAAGAAUAACCAAUUAACUUGUGAUUAGUCUGCAUAUCUUAUUGUUUUUCUUAAUCUUCAUUGGAAAUUCGUCUUGGGGAAUUUUCAAAGUAUGUGACAUUUUAUUUGGUGAGAUGUGAUCUUGUUUCCCAUGUCCAUUAUGAAAUAUAUGGAGAUAAUGAUUCUCGUAUUUAUCAAGAGAAGAUUGCAUGUCUCCAGUCCUGAAUAAAAAAUGAAACCUUUUAACAUUA